GACUCUAUUUGAAUGUAGAAUGUUGUUUUUGUGCAGGUGUUGUGCUGUACACAGGACAUGACUCAAAAGUGAUGCAGAACUCAAGUGCAGCCCCAAUAAAACGGUCAAGAAUGGAUAGAACUACCAAUCUUCAGAUUUUGUUACUGUUUAUACUGCUUAUUGUCUUGGCUCUGGUCAGUGCUGCCAUUGGGACUUACUGGAUGGACAAGAACAAGGCUGAUCAUUGGUAUUUGGCAGCUUCUGACUAUGAUACUCCAAACUUUUUCUUAGCAUUUUUGACAUUCAUUGUUGUUUACAACAAUCUUAUACCAAUCAGUUUGAUUGUUACAAUCGAGAUUGUCAAGUUUAUUCAAGCUUACUUCAUUAAUCUGGUAUAGUCUUUGUUGUUUGGUGAUCGAAAAGUGUUGCUUAUGGUACGCUGUUUAUUACAUGACUUGGAUAUGUACCAUUCAUCAAGAGACACUCCAGCUAUGGCUAGGACAUCGAAUCUUAAUGAAGAGCUGGGACAAGUCAAGUUUAUCUUCUCAGACAAGACUGGCACACUCACACGCAAUGAAAUGACUUUGAGGAAGUGCUCUAUUGCAGGCAUUGUAUAUGGUGGUGACUUUUCUGGAGAUUCGCCGGAGUUUUAUGACUUCAGAUUGUUGAAUAAUCUAAGAACGCAUCAUCCAUCUUCAUCUGUUAUUCGAGAAUUUCUUACCAUACUUGCAGUAUGCCAUACAGUUGUUCCGGAAUUUAAGAGAGGCGGUACUGAUACCAUAGUGUAUCAGGCAUCAUCUCCAGAUGAAGGCGCUCUUGUAAUGGGCGCAAAAACACUUGGAUUUUCUUUCAAAGUUAGGACACAUGACAAUGUAGUCAUUAAUGCACUAGGAGAAGAUGAGUCAUAUGAAAUUUUACAUGUCCUUGAAUUUACAAGUGCUCGAAAGCGUAUGUCUGUGAUAGUACAGACACCAGAAAAGCAGAUCAAGAUCUACUGCAAAGGCGCAGAUUCAGCUAUAUAUUCAAGGCUUCAUCCAGCACAACAGUUUGCAGAUGUUACCUUGAAUCAGUUGGACCAAUUUGCUGCAGAUGGUUUAAGAACAUUGUGUAUUGCCGUGGCAGAAAUAGAUUAUGAUCACUACAAAGAGUGGAAGAAAGUAUAUGACGAUGCCAGCACUUCUUUGAUAAAAAGACAAGAGGAGGUUGACAAAGCUGCUGAUCUUAUUGAACAGAAUCUAUUUGUCAUUGGAGCAUCUGGAAUUGAGGACAAGUUACAGGAAGGUGUACCAGAGACAAUUUCUAACUUUCACAAUGCUGGCAUAUGCAUUUGGAUGUUGACUGGUGACAAGCAGGAAACCGCAGUGAACAUUGGUUACUCCAGCAGCUUGAUUAAACAACGAAAGAGUUUAUUAUUAUGUACUGAAAAACAGUCAGUUGAGGAGACUACUGAAACUCUUACUGGCUUCUUUAAUGAAUUGUCAGCUGUUAAGGUUGCCGUCAAUGAGGUAGGUGCUGUACACGGUACAACAGUAAUUAACGUUGGCUAAUGCAUGCUGUAGUUUAUUGGAUAAUUAGAUGUACCAUUUAUUGCUUUAGUAAACAUGCAAACUUUAAUUUAGCUGUUUGUUUGUUGGGGGGGGGGUUAUAGCAAAGAGUAUUCACACUGGAGUUUAAGUAGUCUUAUUCAUUACUCUCUAGAGCCUUAGAUUUAGUCUUGUUUACAUGUACAGCUAAAACUUAUUCAAUAUUGUAUCUUUUAGCAAAUCUGGUCAGUAGUUUCUUCUUUUGCAAUCUAAUGUGGAAAGUGGCCAUAGAUUUCACAACUUAUCCUAUUUAUAUCCUUUUUUUGCUACAACGUGAUUGAAGUUUGUGUUUCUAAAAAUCGUUGCAAAAAUACAACUUAAUUGGUAACUUAGUAAAUAGCAGUUGAUUAAUUCUGUAACUCUGCUGUACUUGCGUGAGCUUUUUUAUGUAUGAAAGUCAAAGAAUAAGGAGCUAGAGGCUCUUAUAACAGUUAAAUGCGUUUCGACAGUGUGAUGUGAUUUAU